AAAAUUUAGGAAACAGAAGUCGGAAUGGCUUUUUUCUUUGUUCGUCUUUCUAUCUUAGUCCAAUAUCAUGUUAUUCAACUCUCUUGUGAUUGAUUCUGUGAUCCACUCCAACCCACUAACAGUUCAACAUUCAAAGAGAGAAACCCAUUAUAACAUUAUAACUUGGGUUUCUCUCUUACAAGGCAAAGAAUCUACCCCACUACCUCCUGAGUCCUGACCCCGCCCUCCCCACCCACUCACGCACCCAACACCCCAAAAACAUUAUUUGAAGACACCUAUUUUCUUUAUAUGUGGGAAGAAGAAAAGGGGUGGUUGUUUCUUGAAUUGUAAUAAUGCAAUAAUUGUUGUUAAAAAUGGGGUCUUGGGUAUCUUGAGGGAAGUGUAGUGUGGGUCUGCCUUUGUUUGAAGUCGAGUUUCUGUUUCAAUGGCUACUAAUGGGAGACUUAUUGCUGGUUCACAUAAUAGAAAUGAGUUUGUUCUUAUCAAUGCUGAUGAAGUUGGAAGAGUAACUUCUGUAAAAGAAUUGAGUGGACAGAUUUGCCAGAUUUGUGGAGAUGAGAUUGAAAUUACGGUUGAUGGGGAGCCAUUUGUUGCUUGCAAUGAAUGUGCAUUUCCUGUUUGCAGACCUUGCUAUGAGUAUGAAAGGAGAGAGGGGAAUCAAGCUUGUCCUCAAUGUAAAACUAGGUACAAGAGGAUUAAAGGAAGUCCUCGAGUUGAAGGAGAUGAUGAAGAAGAGGAAUUUGAUGAUUUAGAUAAUGAGUUUGAUCCUCAUCAAACUGCUGAGGCUGCCCUUUCAGCUCGCCUCAACGUUGGUCGCGGGAAUCCUAAUGGUUCGGUAUAUGCUACCCCAUCAGAGAUGGAUCCUGCUGCCCUUGGCACAGAGAUCCCUCUUCUUACUUAUGGUCAAGAGGAGGAUGGAAUUUCAGCUGACAAGCAUGCUCUUAUAGUCCCACCAUUUAUGAGUCGCGGAAAGAGAGUUCAUCCAGUUUCAGAUUCUUCCAUGUCUUUGCCUCCUCGCCCUAUGGAUCCUAAGAAAGAUCUGGCAGUCUAUGGGUAUGGUAGUGUCGCAUGGAAGGAAAGAAUGGAGGACUGGAAGAAAAAACAGAAUGAUAAAUUACAGAUGGUUAAGCAUGAAGGAGCUGGUGGUAAUAACGAUGGAGAUGAGCUGGAUCCUGAUUUGCCCAAGAUGGAUGAAGGCAGACAACCACUUUCAAGAAAGAUGCCUAUUUCUUCUAGCAAGCUAAGCCCAUACAGAUUAAUCAUUUUACUUCGACUUGUAAUUCUUGGGCUUUUUUUUCACUAUAGAAUAAGGCAUCCUGUCCAUGAUGCUUAUGGAUUGUGGCUGACGUCUAUUAUAUGUGAAAUAUGGUUUGCUGUAUCCUGGGUAUUCGAUCAGUUCCCAAAAUGGGUUCCCAUUAAGCGAGAGACGUACCUAGAUAGGCUAUCACUUAGGUAUGAGAAAGAAGGGAAGCCUUCUGAAUUAGCCCAUAUUGACAUUUUUGUUAGUACAGUGGAUCCGUUGAAAGAGCCUCCACUUAUAACUGCAAAUACUGUUCUCUCCAUUCUUGCUGUGGAUUAUCCAGUGGACAAGGUUUCAUGCUAUGUCUCUGAUGAUGGUGCUGCCAUGCUUACUUUUGAGGCACUCUCUGAAACAUCUGAGUUUGCAAGGAAAUGGGUCCCGUUCUGCAAGAAAUUCAACAUAGAGCCCCGAGCCCCAGAGUGGUAUUUUGCUCAGAAGGUUGAUUAUUUGAAGAACAAAGUUGAUGCAUCAUUUGUGAGGGAACGCCGUGCCAUGAAGAGAGACUACGAAGAAUUUAAGGUUCGGAUAAAUGGAUUGGUUGCCAUGGCACAAAAGGUUCCUGAGGAUGGUUGGACCAUGCAAGACGGAACUCCUUGGCCAGGAAACAACGUCAGGGAUCAUCCAGGAAUGAUUCAGGUCUUUCUGGGUCAUGAUGGUCUCCAUGAUAUUGAAGGGAAGGUACUUCCUCGCCUUAUUUAUGUUUCUCGUGAGAAGAGGCCAGGAUUUGAUCACCACAAAAAGGCUGGUGCCAUGAAUGCUUUGAUGCGGGUAUCAGCGGUCAUCUCAAAUGCUCCUUAUUUACUCAACGUGGAUUGUGAUCACUAUAUAAAUAACAGUAAGGCACUGCGAGAAGCUAUGUGCUUUAUGAUGGACCCAACUUCAGGAAAGAAACUAUGCUAUGUACAAUUUCCUCAGAGAUUUGAUGGCAUUGAUCUACAUGAUAGAUACUCAAACCGAAAUGUGGUCUUUUUUGAUAUAAACAUGAAAGGACUUGAUGGGAUCCAGGGUCCAAUUUAUGUAGGAACUGGAUGCGUCUUCAGGAGGCAAGCACUUUAUGGAUAUGAUGCUCCAAAGAAGCCAAAACCUCCAGGAAAAACGUGCAAUUGUUGGCCGAACUGGUGUUGCUUUUGUUGUAAAUCUCGAAAGAAGCAUAAGAAAGGGAAAACGACCAAAGAUAAGAAGAAGGCAAAAGGCAAGGAUGCUUCAACUCAGAUUCAUGCUCUUGAGAAUAUUGAGGAAGGAAUUGAAGGAGUAGAUAGUGAAAAAGCCUCGUUCAUGCCCCAAAUAAAACUCGAGAAGAAAUUUGGACAAUCACCUGUAUUUGUUGCUUCAACACUUCUAGAAGACGAUGGUAUUCCUCCAGGAGCAUCAUCAGCAUCUCUCCUGAAAGAAGCCAUCCAUGUUAUUAGUUGUGGUUACGAAGACAAAACAGAAUGGGGUAAAGAGGUUGGAUGGAUUUAUGGAUCGGUUACUGAAGAUAUCUUAACGGGGUUCAAGAUGCACUGCCAUGGUUGGAGGUCUGUCUAUUGCAUGCCCAAAAGACCUGCAUUCAAAGGCUCAGCUCCUAUAAAUCUUUCAGAUCGCUUGCAUCAGGUUCUGCGGUGGGCCUUGGGAUCUGUUGAGAUUUUCUUUAGUAAACAUUGUCCCAUUUGGUAUGGAUAUGGGUGUGGUCUUAAACCGUUGGAGCGGUUUUCGUACAUAAACUCAAUUGUCUAUCCAUUGACUUCCCUCCCACUUCUUGCAUAUUGUACAUUGCCAGCGAUCUGUUUGCUUACUGGGAAAUUCAUUGUUCCAGAGCUUAGCAACUAUGCUAGCAUUGUGUUUAUGGCCCUUUUCAUAUCAAUUGCUGCCACUACUAUUCUGGAGAUGAGAUGGGGAGGUGUUGGCCUUGAUGACAUGUGGAGAAAUGAGCAAUUUUGGGUUAUUGGUGGUGUCUCAUCCCACUUUUUUGCUCUUCUCCAAGGUCUACUUAAAGUUUUGGCUGGUGUCAACACAAGCUUCACCGUCACAUCAAAAGCAGCAGAUGAUGGGGAGUUUUCUGAGCUUUACCUCUUCAAGUGGACAUCCUUGUUGAUCCCCCCGAUGACCUUGUUAAUUAUUAACAUCAUAGGGGUUGUAGUUGGAGUUUCAGAUGCAAUCAAUAACGGGUAUGAUUCAUGGGGUCCUUUAUUUGGAAAGCUUUUCUUCGCCUUAUGGGUCAUUGUUCAUUUGUACCCCUUCCUCAAAGGUAUGAUGGGUAAACAAAGCAACGUUCCCACUAUCAUUGUUGUGUGGUCUAUCCUUCUGGCUUCUAUCCUUUCAUUAUUGUGGGUUCGAAUCAACCCAUUCGUGACAAGAGGUGGACUCACGUUAGAAGUAUGUGGGUUGGACUGUGACUAAGAACAAGAAAUAGGGGAUGCCUAAAUGGCUUGAGUGUAUAUGAGAACGGGAAGUUCAGAUCGGGGAGAAGUUCAAUCCCCUAACACUGUUGUUUGAUCAUCAAUGAAUACAAGGAAGAGCUCAUGAUGGUUGUGUAUAGAUUAAAAGGCAGGUAGCAGCAGACAUUGAUAUUUGUUUUGCGAAGUGUUUCUUGAUUCUUUUUGAUAUGUUUUGGGAUUUGUGGCUUGUUGGGUGGAGUUACAAUAUUUGUAAUCCCAACAGAACAUAAGAUUAGUUGUCAUAAGUUAUAUCCCCUUCUCAAUAAGGGAUUUCACACGGAAAUGUAUUUUCAUUAGUCGUUAAGGACCCUUGUUCCACGGUUGCCAUUUAAAAGGAAGUGUAAUUGGAUUCUGGUGUUUUGUUCUAUAUUUUCAUUAUCAUUUUGGAUGCC